AUGGCUGGAAUGAGAAUUUUGGCAUUAAUACUAUUAUUGUAUUCAUGGCAUACAACGACAACGGCAAUGCGAUCCUCGAUGAACUAUAAUCCAAUUGGGUCUCAUCCCAAGCUUUAUGUUCCCGGUGUCGAUCCUAUUAUGCAUUUAGACGCUGUUACUUUCGACGAUACGGUCUUUAACCAAAAUCGAGCAUUUAUGGUGGAAUUUUAUGCCGACUGGUGCGGUCACUGUCGUGGAUUUGCGACAUUCUUUCGAGAAUUUGCGCAUAUAGUUGAAGCAUGGAAGUCGAUUGUCCAAAUAGCAGCUAUCAAUUGUGCAGAUCUGGAAAAUAAGGAUGUUUGUAGCCAGCAGGGUAUUUCCGGUUAUCCAAUGUCGAAGUAUUAUCCACGUAAUGCGAGAAGUUCACGUGAUGCAGUUUUAUUGGAUACUGUUCAUUCCGUCCCACGUCUUAAAUCGCAACUUGCUCGAAUGAUAAUAAAUGAAUAUAAUCGUUAUCGAUACAAUGACUGGCCAAAUUUCCAGAUGCUUUACAGUCGAGCUACUGAACAUGCACUAUGGGAUGGAAUCUCACCAUAUGCAACUAUGAUUGCUAUACUUGUUGAACAGUAUGACAACAUUGGAACACAGUUUAUACUCGACAUGUUACCAUAUAAAGAUCAAGUUGGUGCAAGACGAGCGAUGUCGUCAUUCGCGCCAGUUAGAAAUCUUCGAGUUCCAUCAUACCCGUAUGUCAUUGUGUUCCGUCGCGGUAAUCAAGAUGAGCCAGUACUAGCAAAGCCAUACGAUCCAACUGUCAUUGACGAAAUAAUUGAUACGUUAUACCACAGAGCACCAACAACUACAACAUACACACCACCUACCACUCCUAAGAUACCUGUCGUUGAUUGUGACAGAUAUCCAGAGAGGUGCCGUAGUUUGUACUAUGCAUCAGAAACUGAUAUGUUGAAAUCAAUGCGAAUGGCAUUAUUGGACGAAAUUAUUCGAACCAACGACCUAAUUACCUACGACAAUUUCACUGCAUUAUUUAACUUUGUUGACCUUCUUGCUGAGGUUCAUUUCUUUAUACUUUCGGAAACAAAUAAGCGGCUUUACGAUUACCCCUUCCCAACAAAUGCGUCCUGGCAACACUGCAAGGGAAGCUUGCCGAAAUACCGUGGCUAUACAUGUGGCUUGUGGACUGCAUUCCAUGCGAUUACUGUGCACACUUAUAUGGAUACAAUCAAGGAGAACAUCGACCCCUUAAAGCCACUAAACAGUAUCAAAGGAUGGGUUGAAACAUUCUUUGGCUGUACACAUUGUGGGCGACAUUUUCAUAAGAUGACCACCAAAACAUUCCCACUGAAUUCAAGACGGGUGCGCCGAGGGCGUGACAUGAUGUUCUAUCUGUGGCGAGCCCAUAACAUCGUCAACGCAAGGCUUCAUGGUGACACCACCGAGGACCCUCAGUUUGAAAAACGACAAUUCCCGCCGAUGUUCUUGUGUCCUACCUGUUACUCCGGUGGGCAAUUCAGUAGACGACAAGUACGAAACUUCAUGCUACGUUAUUAUGGUGGCAUCAGACCUCAUUAUCGCCUACGCAGACGUGUUUCUAGAGGCUAAAU